CAUGGGGGCCAGGCACGCUUCUCCCUCCGUGGACUGGCCAGGUGGGACUCGGCAUCGAGCUUUCUGGACGGUUGGCUCCUCACAGACUGUGCUGAUCUCCAUGAUGCCGCGGGCUUAUGAAAUGGCAUCAGCGGGUUGCAGCAGAACACACUGGGCGGUCCCGUCACCGAGCAGCUGCGGGGCCUGGUCUCUCCCACUCUCCCUCACACACACCCCUCCAGUUGCCCGGGGGCGUCGGAGCCCUGCUUCCGCCUACGCUGCCGUUGUUCCUUGUCUGGUCUUGGCCUGGAGAUACCACAUGAGGCCACCGAGGAAUGAGGGACUUUGCAGGAGCCAGGGCAGGGACCAGGAAGGGCCUGAGGUGGAAGCAGGAACGGGCGAGUGGCGAGUGCCCCUUCUGUUGUCCUCUUCUCAACCUCAUGGACACAGGAGCUGGCCUGGGGUCUGCCCUUGGAGGUCUCGGCCGGGCAAGCUUCCGUUCUGCCGCCUGGGGUCAUGCCAGGGAAGGCCAGAGGGCAUCGCCUCCGCCCUGGCACUGCCCGCUGAGGGCCCUUUCUUCACCAAGACUGAGAGACCAACGAGGCCACGCCAGAACCGGCCACCCCGUGGCACUGAUGAGGACAAAGGUUCUCAAAGACCAACAUCAGGCCCUGAGGAGGAGGGCGUUACAGUCUGUCAUGGGGGCGUCCGGGUGUCCUGCAUUGGAGUCCCAGUAGAGGUCACGGUCCCUGGCAGGUAUUCUGGACAUCGAGAUGAACCAGAAACUGGAGAGGGGCCCAGCAGCCUUCCUCAGGACUCACUCCUGGGUGGCCCUGCACGUCAGAUGGCAGGACAGGCCUCACCGGGAGAGCAUCGUCCCUCCUGGCUGCCAUCAGCUGAGAGCAGAACCUCUCUGCAAGCCCGAAGGCCCAUCCUGACCGGAGCCUUCCUGGGAGUCGGCUCUGCCCUCCUCCCAGGUGAGGAGGUCUGUGAGAGCUGGACCCGGCAGCCCAGCCUGCAGGACACUCGGGUCUUCCUUGGAACUUCCCUGGCACACGCAAGGCCCUGGGUUCCAUUCCAGCACCUCCAAAAAAAGAAAAAAAAUGCCAGCACGUUUGGCCCUGAACUGCUGGCUGCCAGCUCUCCAGGACCCAGCUGAGACGUGCCGUGAGGUCACUGGAAUCGUCAGCAGCACAGUGCCCUGCCUCGGACCCUAGCUGGCCCCUCCCCUCCGCCCACACCCACGGGGUUUCCUGCUCUGCGCCUGGUCCAUUUUCUGCGGCAUACAUGGUACCAUGGGUGGGGUUUGUCUGGCUCACAGUUCUGGUCCCAGGUCAAGGGCCUGCCUCUCAUACUCAAAUCGCCAGCUGGAAACACCUGUCCUCCUUUAGCUGGGCUUCAUGAGGACCGGGGGAGAGUCGCCCUGGGCAGGAGCCUGCCAUCCCACACACCAGAGCAAGACGGCACACAGGAGCACAGUGCCCUGCCACCCGCGUGGCACCGUGCCACCGUUGGGGCCUGUCUGAUAAAAAGACUGGUACCCAUAGCACCUCUGCUUUUUCUCUCACCAAAAUAUUUGCCAUCUUUUUUUUGUUUUUUUUUAACGGCGUAGGCUUUGUCUUUCAGCGCAGUGCUGGUCGCUGGCUGCUGUGGCCACAAGCCAGCACCCAUGCUGCCUUGUCACCUGGAGUCGGAGCUUACGUGUGCCUCUGCUCUGGGUGUUUCGAGUUCUGUGGUUUCUGACGACCGUCGUGCGCCACUGCCAGGAAACUGCCUCCGGAGUACCUGGCUGCCCUCGGGAGGACCCUGGGAAAGAGGCCGCUCCAGGCUUUGUUUUUGUUUUCGGUACUGGGAAUUGAACCCGGGGCACUUGGCCGCUGAGUCACGUCCCCAACCCUUUUUAUAUUUUAUUUAGAAACAGGCUCUUACUAAGCAGUUGCUCAGGCGAGUGCUAAAUUAUGAGGCUGACUUUGAACUCCCAGUCCUCCUGCCUCAGCCUCCCAAGCCACUGGGAUUACAGGCAUGUGCCACCACACCCACAGAGACUCCUCCGGUUUUACCGCUGGUCUCCCCAGAGGAACAAAGUUAAAGACGCACGCUGGAAAGGCACUGUUUGCACUUCUGGAGAACUCAAGUAAUCAAGCAUCAAGCCGUCUUUCAGACCUUCAAGAGGACACAGACCCACCGGGCAGUGUGAGGGGCAACUGCACGCAAAUGCGCCAUUGGUCUAGUGAAGUCUUCGGCAGUUGCAUGUUGGUGGCACACACCUGUGUCCCAGCUACUCAGGAGGAACGAAAACUGCUGUGUGCCAUCCUGGACUGAAUCCUGAAUCCUGAAUCUGGUGUCUAAAAGGUCAUUACUGGGCAGCAGGUGGCGCUGUGACCAGUAGGUGGCUGCCCAUGUGGAGUGAGCUCUGCUGGGGUUGGGGUGGAAGGAUGACCACAGAAUAUUGAACGGUGAGCUCGAAUAUCGGAAGUGAACAAUCAUCAAGGUGAGUGUGGAAGUGAACAAAGGUACCCGGAAGGCUGCACACCCAUCCACCGCAACGCCUCCUCUGCCAGGCAGGUGCAGACAGACAGACUGAUGGACCACGUAGGCCUGUCGCCCUCUCAACCUCGAAGCCCACUGGUCCCUCCUGCCUGGACCAGGACCCCUUCUGACUUUUCCCUUCUCCAACGGAAUUCUAAGACUUGUCCCUCUGCCCUCAAAAUUCCACUUGUCCCUCCUUUGAGAACGUUCUGCAUUUUUAACAAAAACCCUAAAGGGUUACUUAUGCUCAUAGAACAUUUUACCUUCUGUUAGCUCCUUCUGUGGUAACAUGGCCAGAUGGUUAACUGCAGAUGGGUCUGAGAGCAGGCCCCUCUCCCUCUGGGCUCCAGACUGGGUCCUCAGGACCCGUUGUCCACUCCCACUUCACUGGCAUGACUGGCCAGGAGGCAGGGCCCUGACGCUAGUACCAAAUCCUGGCCGACCCAGCCUAGUGAUGCAGUUGUCACCUGGAGACACAGCUGGACCCUGGGGAGGUGACCCCUCCCUGGGAGGCUUGCUCAGUGAGGUGAUUUAUUAGAAGUGGAACGAUCAUUUUGCCGACACUAAUGAACUCAGAGAAAGAGUGACCUUGGCACUCCCGGCAUGGCAGCCCGCUCCUUCCCUGCCACUAACCAGGCCGAGGGCAAGGGGCCGAGGAAGCCCACCAGCUUAUCGUGCGAAAGCGGGGGAAUGUCUGAGCAGUCGUCUGAAGUCAGUUUGGGGACUCUGGAAGCUUGUAGUCUCUGCCGUCCCUGCUAGGUCUUGAGACUGUGUCCUGAGCUGUAUUGAGAUUUCUGACGUGUGGGUUCAUGUCUUCCAUCAAACUUGGGGGCUUCCCAACCGCAGUUGUCUUCAAAUGUACUUUGAAGCCUGGACUUGCGACUUGGUUCCCCUGCCAGGUGCUCCUGGUGGCGUUCUCUCUCUGGCGAGGUGGGCUUCUCGUGGUUUCCUGUAGCAUCCGGGCAGGUACAGCGGACGUGAACUCGUGUCAUAAAGGCAACGUCCGGCUUCCGAGGCCGGCUCCCUUCAGUCCCUGUCUGCAGGGCCUUCCUUCCGUGCUGGUUUACAUGCCUCAUGAAGUUUCGUGGAAGGCUGGACGCCUUCAACGUCAUCACGGAGCAGCUCGGGGUCGGGUCCUCCGCCCUCUCCAGGAAUCUGGGUGACAUUCAGAACGUGUGAAUGUGGCGGCAGCUGCACACGCUGGUGCUCCCUCCUGCUCUCCUGUGCACAGACCUGCCCCCCAGCACCCACCACCGGGUCCUCGGAGCCCAUGGAGGGUCCUUUCCCCAGGAAGCCCCUGCCGCACACCCGUCCUCUGCCCAGGCCUGGCCUCCCUCCUGCAGCAAGAGACCAUAGGAGGUUGGGUCUGUGACCGCAGGGGCCCAGGGCCUGGCAGGACCUGUCUGUGGCCUCGUUGGUAUUCUCACGAAGCAUCCAGCUUUGAGACCCUGCGCUUGGCCCGGAUAUCAGUGUGGCCCCCUGUCCUUGUUCUUUACCUGACCCUCCUGAGCGAGUGGCAGAGGUGGUGGGGAGGUGCAUGGUUGGCCGUGACGCUGGCUUUGCUGACGCUGAUGCUCACAUUAACCUGGUCUGCAUGUGCCCGUGCGGUGCUGCGCUCUGAGCCACACAGGCUGCCGUGUCCUCGGGCUCUCGUGCAUGUGCUGGGGGAGGCCCCUGGCUCUGCCCGCCUCCCCUCCGGCGGAGCCUCCGGCCCUGCAGGAGCUCGGCCACUGUUGGGGUGUUAAUGAAGGAUCUGGGCUGAUGCUAACCAUCUGAUUUCCUUUUUCCCUUCCACUUUUUGUUUUGUUUUGUUUUGUUUCU